AAUUGCUCCAAGGUAGCAAUAGCCGAAACAGGACUUUCUCAGCUGAUGAGUGUUAAAACUAGGUCUCAUUUUUGUGUAGCUUUGAUAAACAGCUUAGGUCAGCAGUUGCAGGAGGAUUUCAGAGAAAUAUUUGCCCAGCAGGUUUUUGAUUGGUUAGGAGAGACUCCACCCCCAUUACUGCUGAAGUGUCAUUAUAAUAGCGAUAGAGAUAUAAUCGAUUCAUACUAUACUAAUCCCAAUAUAACUAUUGAUGACAUAUCCAAUGGGUUGCCUUUGAUCUACACAGGACAAGUGAGUCAGUAUCUAGAUACAAUGAGAGUUUGGAUAUCCAACAACAGACAUUUUUUGAUUGUCGGGCAGCAUGGAUCUGCUAAAACCUUGAUGCUUCAAACCUUGGUUAAUGAGAGGACUGACAGCAGUAUGGUGAUUUUACACUGUACUGCACAUUUAAGUCCAAACUGCGUUAUAACAAAGCUCUUUGAGAAUUGUAUUCAAGUAAAUACUCAUAAAGGAAAGGUUCUGAAACCAAAAAGGGUAACUUGAUACUGCAUCUGAAAAAUCUGCAUCUUUUGAAACCAGAUAAGUGGGAUAGUAAUAUUCUUGUUGAAUUUUUGAAUCAGCUGAUCGUUUACAAGGGAUUUUAUGACACAAACGUCGAAUUUAUAUCAGUAGAAAACCUUUUAAUAGUGGGAUCUCUUACAAUCACCAACAAUCUAUCUAAAAGAUUCACAUCAAAUUUACGGAUCUUUAACGUAAAUAUACCGGAACCUGAAGACUUUGCGAUAAUAAUAUCUUCGUAUUUAGCUGCUAUACUUAAAUCUGCUUUUCCGAAGAAAAGUUUUCCCAAAGCUAAAACUGUUAAAUUAGCUACAACUAUGAUCAGUAUAUGCGAAAAGGUGAAAGAUCGCUUGCAAACAAAUAAAAAGCACUAUAUGUUCAGUCCGCAUGAUUUAACAGAAUGGUGUAAGUCAAUAACAAGGUAUAAUAACAGUGGAAAUGAUGACUUAGAAGCAUUUAUACUAGAGGUAGGUGGAUGAAAUGUACUACAGGGUGGGCCAUUAAAUUGAGUGGAU